AUGGCGAAUGACGGUCGCAUAUUUGAGGAGCUCCUUGACGCCGAAGUGGCAGUGAACAUGGAAAAGCUUAGGGAGGCGUCGCGCAUGGGCAUUCCGCCGGCCUACCGUGGUGUGGUGUACCGCUACCUUCUCGGGGUCGCCUUCACCGACAAGUCCAGCGAGAUGACAAUGGAAGAGUUGCAGGACAAGGACUUCCAGCUCUUGAACACUGCCUACACCCGCAUGUUGGGCAACGGGGACGAGGACGACGACCGCGGCGGCGCUGGCGGCGGGGGUCACAGCGGCGGCCACAGCACUGGCGGCAGCGUGGCGGCCCUGCACACUAUCAGAGAACUGCUGACCUUCUCGACGUCAUCCGCGGCGGCGGCCGUGAGCGUGACGGAGGGAAGCGGUCCACUGCACUGCAGCAGCGGCUUUCGCGGCAUAAGUAGCGGCGACGCAAGCGGCGGCACCGGUGGUGGCAGCAGCGGUGCGGGAACGGUGGCGACACCUUUUGUGUACCGCGGUCCGUCGGCUGUCCCGGCCUUCGGCCCCUCGGCCACUCUCGCCGCCUGGGAAGAAUGCGUGACGGCGCUGCGGUACUGCGAGCCGUACAACGCGGACGCGCGUCAGUGGGCGAGGAUGGAGUCCGCACUGGCCGCGCUGCAGGUGAUGUACUGCAACGUCUCUGUCGAUCACGUGCAGCUGAUCGUGCUGCUGGCGCGCCAACUCGACCGGGUCGCCAGCUCGGCGCGCGACACCUUCUUCACUGUACACGCCCUCUUUGAUGUGCUAACACAGGACGGCAACAUUCUGCACGACGCCCACACGCUGCAGAUGCACUGCGGCAACUUCCUCAUGCUCUUCCGCUCCGUGCUGCUCCCGCUCUACGAGCACUUCACAGUGGAGGGGCUGACCACGUGGGAGUGGAUUCCAAGCUUGCUGACGUGCUUCUUCGUGGGCCGCAUGCACCCCGACGACGUGUUCGCGCUGUGGGACUGCUAUCUUGCGGACAUGAGCGAGCACCAGGCGAUGGCGCUGCACCCGUACGCCUGCCUGGCGAUGCUCUCGUCCAUGACAGAGGUGCUCAUCGAGGCCGGCAAGAUCGAGCUUCUCUACUGCCUAGAGCACCUACCUCGUCUUGACACGGCGGCCAUCAUGCGCAAGGCGGUACUGAUUCGAGAGUCCGUGUAUUCCAAGGAGCUGCUCUGCGGAUGA